GGAAGGAAAAGAGGAAGAGGGAAGGGAGUGGGAAAGAGAAAGCAAGGCGAGAAAGAGGCCGCCGGUGCGCCGCGAGGAGGCGGAGAAACCGGCUCGGCCCCGGCCUGGCCGCUCUCCCGCGGAUUGCAGGUGGAGCCCGCAGAGGUGGCCGUUUCCGCGGCCGCCGCCGCCGCCACUGCCUCUCCUGGGGCGCUUUCCCGGCCCCGAGGGCUUCGGCGUAGGGCGCCAGGUGCUUGCGGCUAGGGGCGCCGGGGCUCGUGGCUCGCCCGCCGUCCCCCUGGCUGCGCCUCCGCGCGAAGCCCAUGGCUGAAGGCCGGCGGCGAGAGGACGAAGGGGAAGAGCUGCGCGAGCGCCGAGAGCUCGGGGGCCCGCGCCGCGCUCGAGGCCGUGCUCUCUCCGGCCACUCGGCCGCAGAUCGCAACGAAAGAAAUAAACCAGAGCAUCGUUCUUCAAGCCAAGGACCCUUGUCAUCCAUUAGAGCAGUGAUCAAGAGAUCUUCUCGGACUUCAAUUCAGAGUGAUCUUCAUCGAGAUAGAAGGCGCCCGGAGAUCACCAUCGUUGCCGCUGAGCCGCUGAGGCCGGCCUCUUGGUUUCCGGGAGCCCCACCUGGAUUGGGAUUCCCCCCAUCUUCUUCUGCAGGCCCCUGGAGGCCCAGUGAGCUGGUUCCUGCUGAGCUCCCACCAUCUUAUGAACAAGUCAUAAAAGAAAUCAACCAAGUUCAAGUUAAUUCUACAAAUAAUAAUAAUGCUGCUGCCACUCCCAGGCAUACUAUCACUUCUGCAACCCAGACUGACUUUUCAGAAGAAAUAGACAACCAUCUGCCUCAAACACUGCAGGCACCUCUCAAGCCAUCCUCAGCAGUCUCACCUGGUGAUCCUCCGACAAAUGUGGCGCCUUUAAUUCUCUUCGAUAUUUCUGAAGAACAAAAUAGUUCAGAAAACCCCAGUGCUACAAGAUGUCCAGUGCCAAGGCCAAGAUCAAAAAGCAACCUCAGACCAAUAGCCAGAGAUACUCACAUUAAAAAGGAAAGUCACCCGAAAAUUAGCCCAGUGGCCACAGAAGAGGAGCCAUCCCCAAGCCGGUCCCAGUUUCUGCUGGACAAUCCCAGUGACUUGGACAGUCAGUCAGUGAUGAACAUUAUGAAUGCAGAACGAAGCCAAAAUAGUAUUGUUUCAAGGAUCAAAGCAUUUGAGGGUCAGACAAAUACAGAAACCUUGGGAUUGCCCAAGAAACCAGAAAUUGCUCCCCGCAUGCUCCCCCCAAGGUCUGCUGUUUCCUCAGGGAAACCCUCUGUGGCUCCCAAACCAGCUGCUAACAGAGCUUCUGGAGAAUGGGACUCGUCAGCUGACAGCAGACUCAAGGCAGCCUUCAGGGAAGGGCUCACCCCACAGCCCCCACCUCAAGAAGCAAGGGGUAUCCCAGUAACCAAACCUGAAUUGCCAAAGAAACCAAAUCCUGCCCUUCUACGAAGUGUCAGUCAUGAGAUUCCAGGAGGAGGCCCCAUGGCUGAGAGCCCUGACGGUGGGAAGAAAGUUCCAACUCCUGCCCCUCGCCCUUUGCCUCCGAGGAAAGCAGUGUCCUCAGAAAACCCUCCCUGCCCUCCAGCUUCCCUGAGGCCUGUGCCUGUUCCUCCCCGACUCUCAGUGGCAUCACAAGCCAAAGCCUUCAGGUCGCUGGGAGAAGGGCCCCCGGCCAACCCCCCAGUUCUUCUGCAGAGUAAGCCUCCAGGGGACAUCGACCUCAUCAGCUUUGAUGAUGACGUCUUACCCGCCCCUUCUGGAAGCCUGGCUGAAGAAUCAUUCGAUUCAGAGAUAGUUCUGGAUCCCUUUCAGCUCCUCACAAAAACAGAACCAACAAAAGAACAAGUAGUUCAACCAGCACCCAGCCGGAAACCCACUGUGAUUCGAAUUCCAGCCAAACCAGGAAAAUGUUUACAUGAGGAUCCACAAAGCCCCCCUCCUCUCCCUGCUGAAAAACCCAUUGGAAACACUUGCAGUGCAGUAUCUGGAAAGCUCAUUAAUGUUGACAGAGCUAGAAACUUGAGUGGAACACAAGGCUCCCAAGUCAUCCUUGAGGAGGCGGACAAGAGUGUAUCUCCUGAAGAAUAUUUGCCUUUUGAAAACACACCGAAAAAGAGGGAAUCUGAGGGAGCUGGUCAGACAGGGGGUUCCGUGAGAGGGCCUCCCAGGCUGCCACCAAGACCUGUGACUGGAAAAGUCGUCCCAGCUGGACAGCCUCCUCCCAAGGUGGCCCCUCAGAGACCACCUCCUCCCAAACUUCCUGCAUCCAGAGCAUCACGUAAAAAACUGCCUUUUAGUCGGUCCUCUUCUGACAUGGAUCUGCAGAAAAAACAAAAUAACUUGGCAUCUGGACUCUCAAAAGCCACGAGUCAAGUCUUAAGAAAUCAAGAUCCAGUGCUACCCCCUCGCCCCAAACCAGGACACCCUCUCUACAGGAAAUACAUGGAUCCAAGCCUUGCUCCAAAGCCUGUUGUUGACAGCAGUGCUCCUCAUGCAGUCGUGCUUCAUGAUUUCCCAGCAGAGCAAGUCAAUGAUUUGCACCUCAUUUCUGGAGAAAUUGUUUAUCUUCUGGAAAAAAUUGAUACAGAUUGGUACAGAGGGAAAUGUAGAAACCAGACUGGCCUAUUCCCUGCCAGCUUCGUCAAAAUAAUUAUUGAUAUUCCAGAAGGAGAAAAUGGAAGAAGAGAACUGAUUUCAUCUCAUUGUGUUAAAGGCCAAAAAUGUGUUGCUCGGUUUGAAUAUAUUGGAGACCAGAAGGAUGAGUUAAGUUUCGCAGAGGGAGAAAUCAUUCUUCUUAAGGAGUAUGUGAAUGAGGAAUGGGCCAGAGGAGAACUUCGAGACAAAACUGGGAUUUUCCCCCUUAACUUUGUGGAACUUGUUGAGGAUCAACCCACCUCUGAUGCAAAUGUUUUAAGCACAAAGGUACCACUGAAGACCAAAAAAGAAGAUUCUGGCUCAAAUUCUCAGGAUAACCAUCUUUCUGGAGAAUGGUGUGAAGCUCUUCACAGUUUUACAGCAGAGACAAGUGAUGACUUGUCCUUCAAAAGGGGAGAACGGAUCCUGAUCCUGGAGCGUCUGGAUUCCGACUGGUACAAGGGCAGACUGCGUGACAGGGAGGGGAUCUUCCCAGCGGCUUUUGUGCGGCCCUGCCUAGUUGAGGCAAAAAGUCUGUCUGCUCUAUCACCGAAGGGGAGGAAGGCCACAGCUUUAUAUGAUUUCCAUGGGGAGAAUGAAGAUGAACUUUCCUUCAAGGCAGGAGAUAUAAUAACAGAGCUGGAAUCUGUUGAUGACGACUGGAUGAGUGGAGAACUAAUGGGAAAAUCUGGUAUAUUUCCCAAAAACUAUGUUCAGUUUCUACAAGUCAGCUAAGGGGGAAGCUUGACUAUUCCUUGGCACAAAAACUCACUUGAACUAUCACUUUGACUAUCAGAUAUGUUUUUGCACUAUUUUUUUUUAACUGAAAGAGAAAUGUCUACGCUGUACAUGGUACACUAGAAUUUUCUGGAAGCAGAAAACUUCUAGUUCUUGUAUUGAGCUUUCAUUCACAAUAGAAGCAUGCACAUGGAAACCCUUGGGCCAAGGAUUCUCCCAAGGAAACAUCAGGCAGGAUUAGCAAGGCAGAUACACAUUUCCCCCAUAGAAUAAGCAUCUGCCAAUAUGGCAGCACAGAGAGGCUCACAUGCAAAAGUUGUACUUGGAUAUCUGUUUUAAUCAGCACAUAUGAAUUAACCAGGCUUCCUUUUUUACUUUAGUAAAAAAAGAGGACAUUUGACAUUCUAUAUACUAUAACCAUCAGGAUAUGGUUGGUAAUCUAAAUCUCAUUUUUGAUACUCAAAUUAAUUUUAACACCUGGAACAUAUAUUGUUAUUACCGGGGCAAAUCUCUGCUCCGAGAGAGGAUAGUUUAUUGAAUGGUGGAGCAUUUGUAAGCACGUGGUGAAAUAAACUCACGCUCACCACAUGUUCCUUUUGUUAAUAUGUGUUUCCCAUUUGUUCUAGGAUUUGAAGGGGGUCAAAAUUUGAUGUGUCUUGCUUAGUCAAAAGGUCCAGAACCAUCUCCAAAAUGCCUUGCUAAUACAACUAACCCUCCCAUAUAUCUGCCAUACUUAUAUCUUUUCUCAGUGUAUACUUUAUGUAACAGGGUUAUUACAAAGCACAUUUUCUGAAUCUGCAAUCAUUCCUUUGACAAUUACUGGUACCCAAAGAAAAAUUCAUUUUCUUUGCAUUAUGCCAGUAAUAUAUAAAAUCUGUGUCUUGUUAUAGUGGUACAGUAUGAAUCACAUAAACUCUUAACAACUGUUAAGAUGGAAAACAAUGCCAACCCCCACAGCUCAUUUCUUCCCAAUAUAAUCAGAGUGACAGAUAAUUUAGGAUGACUGAAGGCUGGUACUUUUUUCGCCUUUUUUUUUUUUUCCUUACAUGACUGACUCAAUUACAGUUUAUGGGCUAAAGCCAAAUAGGUUAAAGACAAUCUUCCAAACAGAUCAAUGGAAUAGAAUUUCACUGGAAAUGUAAAACACUUUCCCAACAAUAUUUAUGGUUUUCUUCUAUUUUUGAGAAGAGUUUCGUAUGUUGGGUCACUUUUUAGCUUUUACUAUUGUUUCCCAUUACUAUCCAAAAAAGUUAGACAGCCAUUGGUCAUACUGUAUGCAAACACCAGUUGAUGUUUAACUUUGUCUUUGAUUAAAGUUCACCUCCCAUUUGGUUUUGGAAUAUGGGAGCUGUUUUUUCUACAUGUUUCAGGUAAAGAAGACACUAUAAGGAAAAUACUUGUCAAAUUUCACACAAAAGUGAUUUCAGGAGAAACAGAUGACUUAACACAUUAUCCCACCUAAAUUCCCAUUUGCAGCAAGGUGUACAAUAGCAAGGAAGGAGGUGUGUGCAAUGGGGACAUAAGGUAUAUAUCUUUGCCUGUAUAAUUUUAACAUCUUAAAUUGAAGAUUCUGAAAAGCUAGCUAUAUUGGAGAAAAACAUCCCUAUUAAAUUUUGGCCUUCUGUCAGCACAAUGAUAAGUGCAAUAGUUGUAAAUCUACUUGACACUACAAUAAACUGAACUUUUCAGUAUUCCUUUCUCAUACUAGACUGUUUGAGAAUGGAGAUGUAUCUUAUUUUUCUUUGUAUCCCCAGCCCGUUGCACCAUAUAGGCUCAAUAAAUAUUAGUUGUUUGCUUGCUUGCUUGCUUUAAUGAAUGUAUGGAUGGAUGAAUUACUAACUUUCAUGUAGAGCAAUACUAUCUUAGAUCACCCAAAUCUUUCCUCUUUAAUUUGUUCACAAGUCUAUGUUGAAACAGAAUAUGUAGUUCUAUAGGAUGUCAUUUCAUUCUCUCAUGCUCUAUUUUUAGCUUGCCCUUUUAUUACCCACUCAACUAACAGGAAACAAAAAUGUAGUAUAUACAUUAUCAGUUACUUUCUUGUUCUUUGUAUUGUUUUCAUUCAUUGCAAAACUUAGCCAGGUUUAAGGAAGAUCAUCAUUUUUGUACUCAGUGGAUUUCACAGGAGAGAAAUAGGAACAUAUUCUAUUUCCUUUCAGGAAUUUUGGUUGAUAAUCUGAUAUUUGUCAUCUAAUCCUCAAACUAGGAUCUCUGAACCCUUUUUCUCUGAUGGUUACACUUGAAAAGCCAUUUACUCUAUUAUUCUUACCUUUUUGAACACUAGACAGCAGAUUUCUUUAAAAUUGUCCGUUUAAACGGCUGAAAAGGUAGAGGGGUAAUGCGAUAUUCUGUCAUUGUGCUCGUGGAAACCAUCAUAGGUUUUGAAUACAACCUGGAAAACUCAGAAUUAAAAACUCAUUUAUUCAAACUUA